ACGCCGCACGUGUUAAGUAGUCCUUAAACUCAGUUACUCAGUUCCGGUUGGCACUUGCCGAGGCCCGAAGGCACUGACGCCUGUUCGUAAAGCCUGCUUUUGGCGCCUCUUCUUUCUUAACUAUGCUGCUCGCUAAUCUCGUAUGAUCAAUGAGCCAAGCAUUGCAAUUGGGGCUUAGGAGUUUCGUGAACCUUCCAAGCUCUGCAGUAGGUCUGAGGAGGAAUUUAAAGAGAACUGGAACAUUGGUUUGUUUUAGAGUAAGAGCAAUGGGGUCUAAACGGCAGCUCUCGAAGUCGCUGGUACCCGUUUUAUCUGAGGACAAGAAUGAUAAGAAACUGAAGGGAUUAAUGGGUACAAAUCCCAGUUCUGAGAAGGGUGUGGUCAAGGAAUAUGGUGUGAGAAGCUCUUCAGUUGAGAUUGAGAGAUUUAAGGAUGACCCAGGAAGAAUCGAGGCAAUGACGGUUCAAGAGCUCAGAACUGCAUUGAGGAGCGUGGGGGUCCCUGCUAAAGGCUGUAAACGCGAUCUUGUGUAUGCUUUGAAGUGUUUUGUUGACAAGAAUAUGGAUGGUAAAAAUUCUCUGGCAGUAGAAGAACAAGUAUCCUCCAUGUCUGCUGAAAAUAUAUCACUAAAGACUAAGGUUACGAAUUUAUCUAAUGAAGACAGUGUUGAAGAUGUGAACACUGAUUUGGAGGUUCCUGGAUUUCCACAGCAUAAGGGAAGAGUAAAGAAAUCUGCAGCUGAAAGUGGGAAGGUCUCCCGGGCAAAGAGAAAAGUUUCUUCAAACAUUGUUACUGAAGUUGUCACCACUGAUGAAGGAGUUAAUACCCCCAUCAUACAAACUGAACCAUGGACGGUUCUUGCCCACAAGAAGCCUCAUAAAGGUUGGAUUCCAUAUAAUCCUAGAACCAUGAGGCCUCCACCUAUUACCAGGGAUACCAAUUCUGUAAAGCUUAUCUCUUGGAAUGUCAAUGGGUUGAGAGCUUUAUUGAAGUUAGAGGGAUCUUCUGCAUUUCAACUUUCACAAAGGGAAGAUUUUGAUGUGUUGUGCUUGCAAGAGACCAAACUACAGGAGAAGGAUGUUGAAAAUAUCAAACAGUGUCUUAUAGAUGGCUAUGAGAAUAGCUUCUGGACUUGUAGUGUUUCCAAACUUGGUUAUUCUGGAACAGCAAUUAUCUCAAGGAUAAAGCCACUUUCAGUCAGAUAUGGCCUAGGCGUAUCAGAUCAUGAUAGUGAAGGUCGGCUUGUGACAGCAGAGUUUGAUUCAUUUUAUCUAUUGAAUGGAUAUGUCCCUAAUUCUGGAGAUGGCUUGAAAAGACUGUCAUACAGGGUUACACAAUGGGAUCCGGCUCUCAGCAAUUACAUGAAAGAGCUGGAGAAGUCAAAGCCCGUAAUUUUGACUGGUGAUCUGAAUUGUGCUCAUGAAGAGAUAGACAUAUAUAACCCUGCUGGAAAUAAAAGAAGUGCUGGGUUUACCGAUGAAGAAAGGCAAUCGUUUGGAACAAACUUCCUGUCUAGGGGAUUUGUGGAUACCUUUAGACGGCAACACCCAGGAGUUGUUGGCUAUACUUACUGGGGUUAUCGGCACGGUGCUCGCAAAACUAACAAAGGAUGGCGGCUCGACUACUUCCUUGUAUCGGAAUCCAUUGCCGACAAAGUUUACGACUCGUAUAUUCUAGCUGAUGUUGGCGGUAGUGAUCAUUGUCCCAUUGGCCUUGUACUUGAGCUUUAGUUUUUCCCAGUGGCAUCAAAACCAAUCUUUUGGGGCAUUAGUAUUUUCCUUUGGAUAGAAUUUGUGAUCAACCUAAAACCACUGGUGGGGUAAAAGUGGGGAAUUUGUACAGCCUAUUUUGCCACUCUGCUAACCUGGCAAAAAUUCCAAUGCGCUAAUUUAUGGUUUUUGACGUUGGUUUAGUUUUUUUGUCAAGAACCAAAUUUUGUUAAGAUACUAGAAGCUCUAUGGGAGGUGAAUCAUGGAAUAUUUGGGGAAA